AUGACAUUCCAUCGGUUUCUGCUCCUCGAGAUUGAGCGAACUCUGCUGUCGAUCCGUCCAGAGUUCAAGGCACUUCCAUACUGGGAUAUGGCACUAGACAGUGCAAUAGGUGGUAAAUAUGCGAUGUCUGAUGAAGACUCCAUUUUUUCACCCAAAUUCUUCGGUUCAUAUACUGGAAACCCGAGCGAGAACUACGCUGUGACCGACGGUUCCUUCGCAUAUUGGCCUGUAUCUCAGUUUAACAGCACAGAAUAUGCGCCAUACGCUGAUGUUUACAAUGGCUCGGAAACUACCGGGUUUAAUCGCAAGUACACAAACCCCAGCAAUGUAAGUUUCGUCGCGAGAUUUGACAAAUCAGGCUAUAGUAACCCUGACCCCAUAAUGUUACUUGAAGCCAAUACCAAUAUUUGUGCCAACUACGCAUUUAUCAAGACCUGGGAGCAAUGGCAGAAUUGUGUAGAAAUAGACGUCGCCAGUAAGAAUGCCAAUCCUCCUUAUGGAAUUUACAGUGUACAGGGUACGCAAACAACUGUACCGUGGUUCCACGCACAAGCCCAUCUCAAAAUAGGAUCCCUGCAGCUAGCCACCGGAUUCAUGGGUGAUUUCAUGGACGUCACAACAUCCAUCAACGAUCCUAUCUUUUUGUUCCACCAUACCAAUAUCGACCGCAACAACAUGAAGUGGCAGAUGGAUGCUGAAGCACAGAAUGCCACUCUCGCGGACGAUAAUGUGCUAUGGGACUUUCCUAUCGUGCUUCCGAAUAGUAAUAUCUCAUCGACGGGAUUUCCAGUGAACCUAGGAUGCUGGCUGCAAGACUCAGAAGUGAGCUAUCGCUUCCCGUUCACGCCUCUCGAGGUGUUUGGCCCGGGCGCCGAGUUAGAGUGCCCCGGAUCGGCAGUGAAUGGCACUUACACACACAAAGAUAUCCUAAGAUUGUCCAAACCAGGGCAAAGCACCAACGUGUACGACACGAAUAUGUGAUUGUAUUCUGCGUAAUUGCGUAUCGUUGUUGAGUUUACAUCAAAAAUUAAAAUCCAUG